UUUUCACAGACUUCAUACCGGCGCGGUUCAACGUCGCCAUCAUGAUGUUCUUCGCGUGUUGGGUCAACUACAUGAUGCGAGUCAACAUGAGCGUCAACAUCAUCGCUAUGGUGCCUGAUGACAGUACUACUACAUCGGUGAAAAGCGAGUGCGAGGCCAUUGUGGCAAACGAUACUUCGUUGUAUAACAGUACUGUGGUCACCAAGCGAGAACUAAGACAGCCAGAUGGGGUGGUUACCUUCGAUUGGACAGCUCAGCAGCAAGCAUACGUGCUGUCAGGAUACUUCUGGGGAUACUCCAUCUCCUGCCUGGUGGGAGGAACAGCGGCCGAAUUCUGGGGACCAAGGAAACUGGUAUUCGUCACCAUGCUGUUGAUCGCCAUCCUGACCAUCUUGAGUCCCCAGGCAGCAAGAAUACAUUAUAUGGUACUCGUGGCUGUCAGAUUCGUCAGCGGGUUAGCAGCGGGAUUCCUGUUUCCUUCACUUCACGCAUUAGUGGCUCACUGGGCGCCUCCCCAGGAAAAGGGCAAGUUCGUGAGCGCUCUGCUAGGUGGCGCUAUCGGUACUGUAGUCACCUGGUCGCUUACGGGUCCUCUUAUUGAAAACUUUGGAUGGGAUUACGCGUUUUAUGUUCCCGGAGUAAUCGCGUUAGUAUGGUGUAUUCUAUGGUGGUUUUUGGUUUACGACUCUCCAGUCCAACAUCCACGGAUAUCUGACACUGAAAAGAAAUACAUCCUUGAAGCUAUAGGCGACAAAGUCAACCAGAGUUCAACGGAAGCUAAGGUCGUUCCCCCCUUCAGAAAAAUUUUAACAUCUUUCCCAUUCCUCGCGAUGGUUAUCCUGCACUACGGUAGCAACUGGGGUCUAUACUUCGUGAUGACCGCGGCUCCUAAGUUCGUGUCCAGUGCCCUCGGCUUCAACCUGACUUCCACAGGCACUCUCUCCUCACUACCAUACCUCGCCAGAAUGAUAUUCUCACUCAUAUUUGGAGCCAUCGGUGACAGGAUUGUAAAACAAAACAUAGUAUCGACGACGUUUAUGAGGAAAUUCUUCUGUCUAUUCUCCCACGUGGUGCCUGGUCUGCUCCUCAUCGGGUUAGGGUACACGGGCUGCGCGCCCAUCCUAUCUGUAGCCCUGAUCACAUUCUCCAUGGGGUCUAACGGUGCGGCCACCCUGACCAACUUGGUGAACCAUCAGGACCUGGCACCUAACUUCGCUGGCACACUGUACGGCAUUGCCAAUGGAAUAGGCAACACUGCUGGCUUUGUUACGCCGCUGGUCACUGCUCACUUCACCAAGAACGGAAAUGGAUUCGCAGAAUGGCGGCCGGUGUUCAUUACGGGUGCGUCGCUGUACAUUGCGUCUGCUGGGUACUUCAUUCUGUUUGGCACAGCCGAGACUCAAUCCUGGAACUACAUCGCUCCCGUAGAAGAAGAAGAAGACAAGAGACAGACGAAUUCUAAUUCCACAGACACAACUGUCACGAUCUCACCUAAGACAUAG